AUUGUUUUCCAAUUCCAAUAGGCAGUCUCUGUGUUUCAUUGUAUCUGCGCCUGCCAUUUCCCCUUCCCACUGAAAACAGCACACUUACUAAACCUCUUUCUUCCCGUGUGCUUCAACAUCAACGGUUUAAGGUUCGUAAUUCCUUCUAUAGUUAUCUCCUUAAAUUGACUUACUUUUCUGUAUUACAUAAUCAAUAUUUGUCAUUCGAAGUUUUCAAUCGUCUGUUUCAAAAUUUCAGUUUCUGGAUAUUUUUUUAGUACCACAAAGGAUUGUUGAUUGCUGAUUGUAAUUUGCGGUGUUUGAUUACAUAAUCAAAAAUGCAAGCUUCUCUUGUAAUCCCGAAUGUGGGUUCGAACUUUGCGACUCCCUACAUAUCUAGUCGAUUAGCUCAUAUUCCUCAAUGUCAUCGUCCUCUAAAAUGUGUUGCUGCUGUCACGACUCCGACAACUGAACCACCAUCAACAGUGUCAUCCGAAUCUGCAGGGAAGCUCAACAAGUAUAGUUCUCGAAUUACUGAACCCAAGUCUCAAGGUGCCUCGCAAGCCGUGCUUUAUGGAGUCGGGCUCUCAGAGGAUGAUAUGAGCAAACCCCAAGUGGGUAUUUCAUCAGUUUGGUAUGAAGGCAAUACGUGCAAUAUGCAUCUGUUGAAAUUAGCAGAAGCAGUGAAAGAAGGAGUUGAAGAAGCCGGGAUGAUUGGCUUUAGGUUCAAUACUAUUGGUGUCAGUGAUGCUAUUUCUAUGGGUACUAGAGGCAUGUGUUACAGUUUGCAAUCGCGGGAUUUGAUUGCGGAUAGUAUAGAGACGGUCAUGUCUGCUCAAUGGUAUGAUGGCAAUAUCUCUCUUCCUGGAUGUGACAAAAAUAUGCCUGGCACAAUCAUGGCAAUGGGACGCCUUAAUAGACCUGGCAUCAUGGUUUACGGCGGUACAAUCAAGCCUGGGCAUUUUCAAGGUCAUAACUUGGACAUCGUUAGUGCAUUCCAGUGUUACGGGGAAUAUGUUAGCGGAUCUAUAAAUGAUGAGCAGAGGAUGAAUGUCAUCCGUAAUUCCUGCCCUGGAGCAGGUGCUUGUGGUGGAAUGUAUACUGCAAAUACCAUGGCAUCAGCUAUUGAGACGAUGGGAAUGUCUCUUCCUUAUAGCUCGUCAACACCGGCCGAAGACCCUUUGAAGUUAGACGAGUGUCGUCUUGCCGGUAAAUAUCUGCUGGAUUUGCUAAAAAUGGACUUGAAGCCACGAGACAUAAUCACCGAGAAAUCUCUGCGGAAUGCUAUGGUUGUGGUCAUGGCCCUUGGUGGGUCUACCAAUGCUGUCUUGCAUCUCAUUGCAAUUGCCAGGUCCGUUGAUGUGAACUUGACUCUUGAUGACUUUCAGAAGGUAAGCGACAAGGUCCCGUUCCUUGCAGAUCUUAAGCCAAGUGGUAAAUACGUCAUGGAAGAUGUGCAUAAGAUUGGCGGCACACCUGCAGUAAUUCGUUACCUUCUUGAGCUCGGACUAUUAGAUGGGGACUGCAUCACUGUUACCGGGAAAACACUAGCCGAGAACGCCAAACUAUUUCCACCCUUAGCUGAAGGUCAGCAAAUAAUUCGACCGUUAUCAAACCCCAUCAAGGAAACUGGGCAUAUACAGAUAUUGUACGGUAAUCUUGCUCCGGAAGGCUCAGUAGCAAAAAUUACCGGAAAAGAAGGGCUAUAUUUUUCUGGUCCUGCCCUUGUCUUUGAAGGAGAAGAAGCUAUGAUAGCUGCUAUUUCGGCAGACCCCCAGAGUUUUAAGGGAAAAGUAGUUGUUAUUAGAGGAGAAGGGCCCAAAGGUGGACCUGGCAUGCCGGAAAUGUUAACACCGACUAGUGCUAUAAUGGGAGCCGGACUUGGGAAGGAUGUGGCUCUACUAACUGAUGGAAGGUUUUCUGGAGGUUCACACGGAUUUGUUAUCGGUCAUGUGUGCCCUGAAGCACAAGAGGGCGGACCCAUUGGCCUAGUGCAGAAUGGAGACAUGAUUACAAUUGAUGUCCAGAAAAAGAGAAUGGACGUUCAGUUGACGGACGAGGAGAUGGCAGAGCGAAAAAGAAACUGGACGGCUCCACCAUACAAGGCUAACAGAGGAGUACUCUACAAGUACAUCAAGAAUGUGCAGUCUGCCUCAACGGGUUGUGUGACUGACGAGUAGAGCCAGAUGAGGAGCCUUGAUUAUUACGAAGCUAAAACAGGACUUAUUCGAUGAUUCUGGAUCUUUCGGUUUGUCUUGUGCAGUGAUUCGGGAUUGCCUAAGACAUGUAGGUUUGAGUCUUUUGUUUGCCGGUUGUAGUUUCAGUGCUUGUAUCGUUGUACGUUUGUCCAUUUUCGCCUAAGCUCAAGUUUACGUGCAGCAAGCGAAGUCAAUAAUUAACAUAGUUCCUAGUUCACUUGUUCGA